AUGAGUAAAUUUCUUGUAAAAGCUCUCCUGCUGCUGUCUCUUGUCAGCUAUGGAACCAACUUGGCCACAUCAUGGAGUGAUAAAGAUUUCUUCAGAUACUGCCUGCCAUCGCGGUGCAGCAAAGAUGGGCCUGAGGUCAGGUUCCCGCUCCGGCUUGAACCCAGCAGUUUACCUUCAUCAUGUGGCACAACAUACAUUGAGCUAGCAUGCCGUGGUCAUGAAACCAUCCUUGUUCACCCGGUUUUUGGUCCAUGCAAAGUGACAGCCAUAGAUUAUAGACGUGCUUCCAUGAAUAUCUUGCCGCUUGUAUACUCGUCUCCUUGUCCACUUGGGGAGAUCUUCUCCAAAAGCAUACAAUUACCAGUUUCUGCCAGUGCAGACUACCUGGAAGAAUAUACAGAACAUGCAACCCUGGUAUGCUGCUCCAGAGUGUUCACACCACGCAUAUGGGCUGUCGGUAGCAUUGCUGGGCCAAUCCCCUGCCUUAGCAAUUCAACCCACCUCUCGUAUUUGGUGGAUGCUUACGUGUCCAUGUCUGUGCUUCCAUUGGAAUGCAAGGUCGUCUCAGAUGACAGCAUUCAGAUACCCAUACCCGCAGAUGGAUAUGGAACAGUAGACCAGUUAACAUUCAAGGUACAUGCAGACAGGAUCAUCAAUUUUGCUGACAUGACGCUGAGUUGGCUUCUUCACGAGAAUUGCCAAACAUGUGAACACCAUGGGUGGCACUGUGGAUUCAGCUCACAAAGGAACGAAGCGUUCUGCGAGGAUAACCCUGACGAAAUCCCAUUAUCUUCUUUGCUAUUUGCAGGCUCAAGUAUCAAAGUUGUUGCAGCUACAUCAUCGGCGAUUACGUUUGUUAUACUUUUGUUGAUGGCAGUCACUGUAGUUUAUCCUUCACUAAAGACAAGAUACAAUGAAGAGGUGCAUCUGAAGGUUGAAAUGUUUCUCAGGACAUAUGGCACAUCGAAACCCACAAGGUACACUUUCCCUGAAGUUAAGAAGAUAGCUAAGCGGUUCAAGGAUAAACUAGGCCAGGGUGGAUUUGGAAGUGUAUACAAAGGCGAGCUACGAAAUGGAGUUCCCGUGGCAGUCAAAAUGCUAGAGAGCUCUACAGAAGAGGGAGAGGAAUUUAUCAAUGAAGUUGCAACCAUUGGACUAAUCCACCAUACAAAUAUCGUCCGCCUCCUGGGAUUUUGCUCUGAAGGAACGAGACGGGCUCUUAUCUACGAAUUCAUGCCUAACGAGUCACUGGAGAAAUACAUAUUCUCACACGUUUCUAAUAUCUCUCGGCAACUCUUAGUACCAGACAAAAUGCUAGAUAUUGCUUUAGGCAUUGCUCGAGGAAUGGAAUACCUGCAUCAAGGCUGCAACCAGCGCAUUCUCCACUUUGACAUCAAGCCACACAACAUCUUGCUGGACUACAACUUCAAGCCGAAGAUCUCGAACUUUGGCCUUGCAAAGUUGUGUGCAAGGGACCAAAGCAUCAUUACCUUAACUGCAGCAAGAGGCAUAAUGGGAUACAUCGCACCCGAGCUAUACUCUCGGAACUUUGGAGGGGUGUCGUACAAGUCAGAUGUGUACAGUUUCGGCAUGCUGGUGUUGGAAAUGGUGAGCGGAAGGAGGAACUCAGACCCAAGUGUGGAGAACUAGCACGAGGUAUACCUCCCAGAGUGGAUCUAUGGGAGAGUAAUCACUGGGCAGGAAUUGGGGCUUACUUUGGAAAUGACAGAAGAAGACAAAGAAAAGAUGAGAAAGAUGACUACUGUGGCACUGUGGUGCAUCCAAUGGAACCCAAAUAAUCGG